UUGCUUCAUGUUUAAUCCACAAAUGUGCUUUCUGUACAAACCUUUCUGAUAGGUCAUGUGUGUCACAGCAGAGUGUUACCAUGACGACUUAAGGCCCUGGCACAUUGAACCCUCCCAUCAUGUCUGAGUGUAAGACAGCAGGAAAAUAAAUGAUCAGCACUGCUCUUCAACCUCCACUCAAGAUCAACGAAGAUGCGAACCCUUGCACCUGAAGCGAUCCUGCUGGCUUGGAUCCUUCUCAUGGCAUAUCUUUGGACAUCAGGUUCAGGACAGAUCCUGCAACAUAAAGAAGCUGAAUUCCUCUACCCAGAGCUCCACAGUACACAGAUUAUUCAGUGUGACUGCGUUAACAUCUCCUGCGGUGCUAUCUUCUGGUUCCGUACUCUUCUCAGCAAUAACAAGGUCCAGUUUCUGGGCAGGAUAAACAGCGCCAACCGUGAUUUUUACGGAGACGAUGUGGAAAUUACACGGUUCAAACUGAGCAAAAAGAACAACGAGGCUUUCACGCUGCAAAUCAUCAAUGUGACAAAAGAUGACGCAGGAAGUUAUUCUUGUAUUUUAACAAAUAGGAGAGGCCAAGAGUUGUGGAUGCCCGGUGUCUUUUUUCUCCCAGGAGUAACCCUUCCAACGCCUGAAGCUAAAUCGGAUUCACCACCAAGUCCUGACUGUAGCUGCACUUUCCAAGGUGUUUGUGACUCACUCAUCUUGUGGUCAUUGGCUGGACUCACCGGCGUCAUGAUGUUAGCACUGAUCUUCACUUUGUACUAUUUCAGCCGACUUCCCAAAAAAUGUCGCCACCACUUGGUGAAGAGGAGGUAGAAGACACAAAGCGCUCCAUGAAUAAAUAUGCCUGACCAAGUAUGUGCCGUAUACUGUAUGUGCAUGUGUGUGUUAUGUAAUAUUCAUAAAUAUCCAUGUAUCUAUGCAGGCUUUUCCCCAAUUACAUUGUAGAACAAGCACUGAUCACAUGCAUAAGUUCAACCUUAUUUGUUUUUGAUAUCAUUUCAUAUUGAAUAUAACCUUUUUUGAAGUGAAAUUUGGCAUUUUUAGCAUAGCAUGUCUGCAUUUUUGGAGUCCUUUCAUGUUCGGGCAUAAUACGGUGCUUAACUCAUUCAUUCAGUGAUGUGUGGUGAGGAUUUUUUUUUAACUUGUGCUCAAAUCAAUGUUGGCCCAUCACAUACAGGUUGCUCAUCACGAGGACAAUAAAGAAAACAGACAAUAAUUCACUUUAGGUAAAAACGAUGUUUUCAAAUACUUAAUCCGAUUUAUUUAUUUAUAAAACUGAAAACCAUUUGUGGGCUUAACUUUAUGUGUAUGUUCAGCGGUGCCUUGGUUAACAUUAUUAAUCCGUUACAGAAGGUCCGACUCAAACCAAAAUGAACUUUAACCAAGAAAUAACAAUAUAAAUCCAAUUAAUCUGUCCAGACACCCAAAAAUGCUAACAGAAAACACAUUUUAUUGACAAUAAUUAUUGUUUUACUUCCAGAAAAUGAUGCAAUUAUAAUUACAAAUGACAAAUGAAUGGACAACCGAACAUUUAACAUCACUUUUACCUAAUUUUGUUGGAACCCCCCCCCACAAAACCAUCAAUUAACAAAAUAACAACAAAUAAACACAUUAUUCUGCUGCUUACAAAAAUGCAUGAUCACAUGCAAGUAUCUCAAGAUUUCGUCUCGCGCACCUCUCAGCCGCUUUUCCUCUCAGUAGGAGGACAACAGUGACAAGCACCUGCCAGCUCACGUACACCCCAGAGUCCUGUGUGCCGUCUCUUUGCAGUUUAUUGUCCGAUUAGCAAGAAAGACAUUACACAGGCUGUCAAAAGUCAUGGUGUAUAAUAAAUGUUUCUGCAACAUUAUAUUAUUGGCAAAAUGCUGAGAAACAGAAACAGGCACAAUGGUAUGCAAAGGUUUGCGCCCUGAGAGGUUUGGCUCGGCUCGCCUCAUCCCAAAUUUUGCUCUGUAUUUGACCAGGAAAUGUGGCAAAUUCAGCAAUUUUUACCUCAAAAAAUGUUAAGAAAUUCACAGCACAGUUCAAAGGACAAAUUCACACUUCAUUUUUUGAUUUUGAUGCUCUGCCUCCCCUGACCGCUCGUCACUAGUAUGAUUUCUACUCAAUUUUCCCAAGAACCCAUCGAUCUAUGUAACCAGAGAAAAAUGCUUUUGGGUUCAAACAAUCUAAACAGUAAAUACUGUGUAUUCUGGAAAUACUGUAUAUGUAAAUGUAUCUAUGUUCAAAUGUUCCUAUAAGAAAGAUCUUUCACUUUGGCAUGUGCCGUUUCUGUGACUACAAUGUUGAAAGUGUACCGGAGCAGCACAAA